AACGAUAAUAUAAAAGCGUCGAUGGCUUUAAUUGAGUUACAAAGCCAUAUCAACAUAAUUGAAUCGACCGAAAUUACUUGUUCAAGUAAUAAAAUAAUAAGUAUCGAUGAAGACGCGAGUACACAAAUUAGCACAAGUCCUGAUUUUCAGUUAAUCAAUGUAUCAUCAAGUGAAGAAAUUCACGAAAAUGUCGCUGAAUCAAAUAUUUAUGUCAACAAUAUCGAAGAAAAUUUUCUAAAUAAUACAUCUCUUUUAAAUAAUUUUAUGGUAUCCUUAUAUAGCGUUGAUAAUGACGAAGACAUAAUAAAUUGUAAUAAUGAUUUAUCCACUUGCGCAAAAAAAAAGAUAAAAAUACAUCACUGCGAAAAAAGUUAGCAUCAUGGUCCAUUAAGGAAAAUAUUACUCAAAAUAGUUUUAAAAAACUUUUAGAAAUUCUUCGAAAUGAAAAUGAUUUGACUUCAUUUCAUAAUUUACCAAAAGAUCCGAGAACAAUGUUAUCUACUCCAAGCAAUCUUACUUCUGUAAAAAUGAGCACUGGUUCUUUUUAUUACUUUGGAAUUGCUCAGUCUAUUAAUAUAUUAAUUAAUCAAUGUAAUGCAUUCCUUCCUAAUUAUACAUCUUUUGAAUUAGCCGUAAAUAUAGAUGGUUUGCCUAUUAGUAAAAGCAGUUCAACUUGUUUAUGGCCAAUAUUAGUUCAAAUAAAGUCAAUUGAAGUUUUGAAAAAAUAUGUCUUAAUGGUAGCUCUAUAUCAUGGUAAUGGUAAACCGAAAAACCCGAAUAAAUAUUUAGAAGAAUUUGUAAAUGAAGCAAUUUACUUGAUUACAAAUGGAAUUUUUAUCAACAAUCAAAAAUACGAUUUUAAAAUAAAAGUUAUAAUAUGUGAUGCGCCCGCUAAAUCUUAUAUUUUAAAUGUAAAAAACCAUACUGGUUAUCAUAGCUGCACUAAAUGCAAAGUGGAAGGUUAUUUCGUUAAUAAUGUGUUGUGUUUUCCACAGACAAAUUUUAUAAAGAGAACAGAUACUGAAUUUAGACAACAAUAUGAUGAAGAUUAUCACAAAGGGAUAACCAUUUUGACGAAUUUGCCUCAUUUUCAUAUGAUUAAAGACGUUAUACUAGAUUACAUGCAUCUUAUUUGUUUAGGAGUGAUGAAAAGAUUGAUUACACAUAAAAAAUAUGGUUGGGUGUUGGGUAAACCACCAUAUAAGCUUUCACAUAGACAAGUAGAAUCGAUUUCAAAUAAAAUCAAAAGCUUAAAUAAAUAUAUCCCAAUUGAAUUUCCACGUAAAGGUAGAUCGCUUGAAGAAUGUCCUCGUUUUAAGGCAACGGAAUUUAAACUCAUAUUAUUAUAUACAGGACCCAUAAUUCUAAAACAAUUUCUUCCAAAAAAUAAUUAUUAUCAUUUCUUGACAUUACACGUUGCUACUCUAAUAAUGUGUAGUAAUGAAUUCUGCAAAAAAAUAGAUAUGAUAAAUUAUGCAAAAGAUCUAAUAAAAUGCUUUGUUGAAACAAGUAUUAAUAUUUAUGGUCAAGAUUUUGUUUCUUAUAACGUACAUAAUUUGUUACAUAUACAUGAAGAUGUCAUACGAUUUGGUAAUUUAAAUGAAUUUUCAGCUUUUCCGUUCGAGAAUUAUAUGAUGCAAUUAAAAAAAAUGAUCAGAAAAAAAGAAAAACCACUUGAACAAAUAAUACGUCGUGUUUCCGAAUAUAAUAAUAUUCCAAGAUUAGAAAAUCACUUUGAAAAUAAUAUUAUUGCCAAAGAACAUUAUAACGGACCUUUAUUACCAAAUUGUUUAGGUCAAUAUAAAGUAUUAAAAUUAAAAUCUUGUACUUAUAAAUUAAACACUGCUGAUUGUUAUGUACAAAUGUUGGAUAAUGAAAUUGUUCAAAUAUGCAACAUAACUUACUGUAAUAAUAUUAUUUGUAUUAUUGGGCAAACAUUUCUUGAGAAAAAAUCAUUUUUUAUAAAACCCUGUGACUCUGCAAUUCUAGGUAUUUAUAUUGUACAUCUUGACAAACUUAGUAGUUUAAAAAUAUAUUCAUUAUUAGAAAUUAAAUGCAAAGCAAUGUUGUUGCCAUAUAAAGAUAAUAAUGCAGUAAUUUUUCCUUUGUUACACAUGUAAAUAAAAUUUUAAUAUUUUUUAUACUGUUUUGUAAUAAAUUCCCUCAAAGUGCAAAAACAUUAUUAUUUUUAAAUAAUUAAUUAAUUAUUAAAAUUUUCUAUCAGUUAUCACAUUAAAGUUCUAUUAAUUUCUGAUUAGUGCUAAAUAAUGGUGUGAUAGUAACGAUUUAAUGAUUGCUGUUACUAUUUUAAUGAUUGCUGUUACGUAGUGCUUAUCAGAAUGUUGCUA